UGAGAGCAUUUCUCAAACAAAUAGGGGUUAAUAUUCUGGCUGCUUAGUUAAUAAUCUUUUGUGUUUUUCUUUUUUCAGUAGCCAUUUUCCCAGCCUCUAUAUUAUAAUACUACAUUUCAGUGAUUAACCACCUUCAUCCAGAAUUAUGGCUUCCCGUCCGAAGAAACGCAAAACUAAGUCCUCAACAACAGGCCCAGUGACUCCUCUACAAAAAGAAACGUCAGAGCUAAAAGACUUGGUAACGGAAUGUAUGACAGCAGCCUUACCAAUCAUUGAAAAUACAGUAAAAGAGUGCUUGACCAAACUGAAGAGCAACCAAGACUCAGCAAGUACAUCAACAGCCCCACAACCAGAAGAGAGUGUGAACAACACCACUCCAAAUACAUCCACCUUCAAUGCAAUUAUUGACUUGGAACCUAGCACAGGUAUUACCUCAUUUACUCAUGAUGUGCAACAAAACAUUUCUCCUGUGGGGAUUUCAAAACCUGUGGGCUUGGGGGUUGACACCAAAAUCAAGGCCAAAAUAUUUGCAAAUGAGUAUGUCAAAAUGGCCUCAUUGCUCCCCAAGUCUAGCAUUGAACAGGAACCAAAAUUUAAAUCAGUCGAAAAAGACGGACAACUGGUUUUUGUCAAGACUAAUGACAGUAAUCAAAUCAAAUCCAUCACCCAAUGGAUGGAAGCUUUUCAUGUCUUCGUUGCUCUCCACUGCACUAAAUACCCAAACGAAGUUGGGCAGCUUAUGACAUAUGCUCAAAUUAUUCAGGGCAUAUCCAAGUCAUGUGGAGAUGAAGCGGCCAUAUGCUAUGACGAAAAAUUUAGGCAAUGGCGACAGGUUGCACCACGAGCCUGUCCCUGGGAUAGGAAAAACUCUGAACUUUUCCAUGAUGCAAUUGUUCAGGGAUUAGAGGCGAAAACAAAGCUAAAGAAGCAGCCCUUUCGAUCUACAUCUUCGAAGCAAAAGUAUUGCUUCACUUUCAACAACAAAGGCUCCUGCAACAAAGGCAAUUCCUGUCCAUAUGCACACAUAUGCCAAUACUGCUCUGGCAAACACUCAAGACUUCAGUGCACAAAAAAUAGACAGGGACAAAACAACACAACACACACAAAAUCCUCCAAUAAUGACCUGCACAGAAAACCAUUUACUUCCACCAAAAAAGAUUGAUAACUCUGUUGUUACCCCAAUUAGUGUGGAUAAAUUUGCCGAAUAUCUUCAUGGUUAUGACCCCACUCUCUCAAAUUUCUUACUGGAAGGGUUUAGACAUGGUUUUAGAAUUCCUUACCAAGGUCAUCGCCAGUUCCGCCUUUCAAAAAACUUAUCUUCUUUCAAGGGAAAUGAAAGUGUAUUGUGGCAUAAAAUAAAUAAUGAAAUAGAGUUAGGUAGGGUUGCAGGUCCUUUUUCUUCCCCCCCUUUUCUUAACCUUCAAGUUUCACCUCUUGGUUUAGUCCCCAAAAAAACCCCAGGGGAAUUCAGACUUAUACACCACUUGUCUUACCCAGAAGGGUCGUCAAUCAAUGAUCACAUUCCUCAUGAAUUUUGCACUGUGCAGUAUCAAACUAUAGAUGAUGCUAUUUCAGCCAUCAAGGACAUUGGGGUGGGGGCACUUUUAGCAAAAACUUACUUGGAAAAUGCUUACAAACAAGUACCAGUCCACCCCGAUGACUUUGAACUAUUAGGUUUCAGUAUUGAUGAAAAUUUUUAUUUUGACAAAACCCUUCCCUUCGGCCUCAGUUAUUCUUGUAACCUUUUUGAAAAGUUCAGUUCAGCCCUGCAAUGGAUUCUCCAUGAUAAAUUUUCUGUUUUACACUGUGUACACAUCCUUGAUGACUUUCUGUUUAUUGGGUAUCCAAACUCACCAGGCUGUCACGAUGCACUUCGGGCAUUCCACACUCUAGCAAAUGACAUCAACCUACCAAUUAAGUCGGAAAAAACAGUACUUCCUUGCACAACACUCACAUUUAUGGGCUUAGAAAUAGACUCCAUCAAAUUUGAGAUUAGACUUCCAGAGGACAAAUUGCUACGCCUACAAGAAGCAAUCCAUGUGUUUAAGAGGAAACGUACAGCUACCCUGCGUGAGUUACAGUCCCUUAUCGGGCUGUUAAAUUUUGCCUGCUCUGUAGUGCCACCUGGUAGAACAUUUCUUCGUAGAAUCAUUGAUCUCACUAAGGGCAUUAAAAAACCUUAUCACCACCGUCGGUUAAACGCGGAAGCUAGGGCUGAUCUACAUGCUUGGUCAAUUUUCAUAGUACAUUUUAAUGGUAAAGCACUUUUUCAUUCUGGAAAAACGUGCACCUCCCAAUCUUUACAUCUGUAUACAGAUGCUAGCAAUUUAGGGUUUGGGUGUACAUUUGGUAGGAAAUGGUUCUAUGGAUCCUUCCAGGGACAGUGGUUAGAAUACCAUAUAUCUGUAAGAGAAUUCUUUCCCAUUGUUCUUGCAAUGGAAAUGUGGGGUGAAAGGUUAUCAAACACAUCAGUUGUAAUACACUCUGACAACAGUGCGGUGGUUCAUGUUAUAAACAAAACCUCAUCCAAAGACCCCAACCUGAUGAAAUUAAUGAGACGCCUUAUGGUAGCAUCUCUUACAUUCAACAUUCAUUUCCAUGCUGAACAUGUCCCUGGCCUUCAAAACAUUGCACCUGAUCUUCUCUCUCGCCUGCAGAUACAAAGAUUCAAAGAACUCUUCCCCAACAUGGAAAUGGAGAAAACAAGGGUUCCACUUGCACUACUACACCUCUAACGAGAACAGCAGACUUCUUAAUUAGGAACUCGCUAUCAGAAGAUUCACUUUCAUCAUAUAGAAACAUAUUUGCAAGUUACAAAACGUUUAUUCGUGCCCAUGUUGAUAAAAAUUCAACUCCUUUACCCCCAUCACUUUCCCAUUUGUUGCUUUACAUUGCACAUUGCUUCCAGUCAGGCUUGGCUGCUUCAACUACCCGCACACACAUUGCUGCUUUAAGCUUUACAUUUCAACUCGGGGGUUAUCAGGACCUUACUCAAAAUUUUCUGGUUAGAAAACAAUUGCAGGGAUUUAGCAAAGUUAAGCCAGUCAUGGACAAUAGACUACCUAUAACUCCAGACAUUUUGUCAAAAAUUGUUUCUGCCCUACCAUCCAUAACAAAUUCUGCCUUCAGCAGUACAUUGCUUCAUGCUAUGUAUGUUUUAGCAUUUUGUGCCUUCCUCAGGGUUGGGGAAAUCACCAAGACAGCAGGUGCUAAGCAGCACUUCCUGUUAGCUAAACAUGUUAUCUUGCAAAAAGAUUCCCAACUGGGCAAUCCCAUAGAGCUUACAAUCCCACACUUUAAGCACUCUAAUCAGUCUAUCACUCUGCAUCUUCAGCAAAAUACUUCCAACCCCUUAGUAUGCCCUUUCUUGGCUCUGCAAACUUUCAUGGAUGUUAGAGGUCAUAAGUCACCUGUGGAACCCUUGUUUUCAUUUAUGGAUGGUACUCCUGUGUCCCGUCAGUUUUUUACUGAUCACUUAAGGUUGUCUCUGUCAUUCUGUGGACUAGAUACAAACAAGUAUCAGUCACACAGCUUCCGAAUUGGGGCAGCCACUACAGCUGCAGCUUCAGGGUCAUCGGACAUUCAGAUUCAAAAUAUGGGCCGCUGGAAAUCAUCAGCAUUUAAAAAGUACAUUCGAAUUCCAACUAUCAAAAUGUAAUCUAGAGCACGAGUGUAAGGGUUACCUCACUCUUGCGCAGCAACCUUGAAGUCAGGGGCUUCAGGUUCUGCCAUGGAAUUCACUAUCCAAACAUAGGAAUUUCGAAGUCAGGGGCUUCUUGUUCCAUCAUGUGACUCGAACCAGUGGGGAAUCGGAUCUUGAAGUCAGGAGCUUCCGGUCCACUUUUUUCUUACUUUAAAUGUUCCCUUGAGCCAUGAAGACAGGGGCUUCUGGUUCAGUCAUAUUGCUUAUCUUUUUAACCGUCUUUAAUAAACAUAGGGAUAGGCCAACUUCAUAGUCGUUUCACCAUUCACGAAUGUUUUUGUUUCCCUUCCAAAAACUGUUACUUGGACUUGGAGUAUAUUCUUUUAGGGUGCUGGAUGGGGCAUAUCAAAGCUGAAGGUAACUACAGCCUUGAUAGGUGGCGGAAGAUACCCCAUCUUUGACACUUUUUGUAUAUACAAUUUGCCAAAGUAUCUGCUCUUAUAACUUGAGGUUUUUCCUAGUCAUAAUAUUGUAUUUAUGAUUUUUUUAUAUUGUAGUUUUUAGGAUUGUGGCAUUUUUGUAAUGUUUUAUUAGUCACAAUUCCUUAGCAUGAAUUGCAGUAUUGUGUUCUUAGUUUAUUAUUUUUUAACUGUUUUAUAUGAUUUUUUGGUGUAAUACUUUGUCAUUUAUUAGUUAAUAAAUGACCAUUCUAAUUCCUCAAA